AACUUGCCAAACACAUAUAGUCUACGGCGUUGAUUUAAUCGUUUAGGUGAACAAGUUGGCGUCAGAGUUAACUUAUAGAUAGUUGUUCUGUUUACGUUAUCGAAUAACAACUGGAAAUUAAGGAAUAAACAUGAGUGAUGAUGAUCGAGAUAUUGAUAUAGAAAGUGAUGAAGGAGAUGACUCUGACUCUAGGCAGAGACAUUCCAAUAACACACAAUAUUAUUCUCAAGCUGAAAAACGUGCACACCAUAAUGCAUUAGAGCGUAAGAGAAGAGAUCAUAUCAAGGAUAGUUUUUCAAGCCUUAGGGAUUCUGUUCCUGCUUUACAAGGUGAAAAAGUUGCUAGCAGAGCGCAAAUACUUAAAAAAGCAGCCGAAUACAUACAAUUCAUGCGACGUAAAAAUUCUUCGCAUCAACAGGACAUUGAUGAUUUGAAAAGGCAAAACAGUCUAUUGGAAACUCAAAGUAAGAUUUGUGUCAUGUCAGUACGAACGCUAGAGAAAGCCAAAAUAACUGGAAACUUUGCGGCAGAAACAUGUGAGGUAUCUAAAUCUGAUUCGAUAGGAAUGAAUAGUUACAAUGAUUCUGAAUCUGAAUCUUCGGAUAGUGAAACAGGACGAGCGAUCCGUCAACCGAAGAAGUUAAAAGUCUCCGGUCUUCAUCAUUGACAAAAACUGAAAAAAGUGCAUAAGAAUUGAUUAUUCUAGAACUUCUUUUUUGAUAUAAUGCAAUCAUCUUACUACAAGAAAAAAUAUUUUAUGUAAAAUUACAAACUUAAAAUACCUAUUAACACUUUACCGACUGAUAGUCUAUUAAUCGGCUUUUUGUUGUCGACACUUACCGACGGGUAGCCCAUCACUCUCCCUGGCGAAAGAAUCUGCAGCUGGGCGAUCAGUCGGACGUGCAUAUGCUGUUACACAGCUAGUGGUCGGUAAAGUGUUAAAAUAAGUGAAUAAAUUUAAUUUAUACAAUAGUAUUUUACCUCUAUGUAAUAUAGUCAAUAAAUAUUUAUCCUUAAUACAUAGUAAUAAAAUGUAAUAAAAUAUAACAUUGUAAGGAAAAAGGAUGUUAUAAGGAUAGCGUGUUACGUUGCACGGACCAAUAUAUUAGAAAAAAAAAAAAUAUAUAUAUAUGUACCUGUAGGUAUAAUACACAAAUUAGGUAGAAAUAUAAUAAGGAAAAAAAUUUUAAAUAUAUGUAUCAUUAUGUUUCUUGUUUUAUCUUAUAUAACAUGAUGUUAUAAUAAAUAAUUUUUGAAAAUAUUUCCUCUGAUAUUAAAGUAUACAAAAAUAUAAGUUUACAAGUUAAUUUAAUAAAAUUAAUCAACAUCCAUUUUAAAUAAUAUUUGUACUUUCUAAGACGUUAUGAACUUUAUGUACAACGGACAAGUUUAUGGCAUUUAUGUAAACAAUUAUAUUAUUAGUUUACUUAUUUUCUCCCAUUAUUCUUCAUCGCAUCGUUGUUAUUGCAUAUCAUAAUUCCAAGAUCUUUUAUUACGUAAUUGCCAUAACAUUAUUAGAUUCUCGCCUAUCCCGUGCACGGCGAUUUUGAAACCAGAUUUUUACCUGUAAAUUUAUGAUAAAAUAAAAUCAUUUGAAAAAACAA